GCACUUAGUGUGAAUAUAUACCAUAGAGCAAGACACUCACAUGGCACAACUGCUGUCGAAAAUGGGGAAGAUCAUAUUCUAUGAAAACAAGAAUUUUGAGGGUUAUCAGUAUGAAUGCAGUGGUGAUUGUGCAGAUAUGCUCUGCUAUCUUGGCUGCUGUAACUCCAUCAUGGUGGAGAGUGGAUGCUUUAUGAUCUAUGAACAACCACAUUACAAAGGCCAGCAAUUUUUGGUCCGUAAAGGGGAGUACCCAAACUUUGAAAGUUGGUUGGGCAAAAAUGACUGUGUCUGCUCCUGCCGUGAAAUUCCCAUGACACAGGGAUCUUCUCAUGAGGUGAAACUGUUUGAGAGAAUGGAGUAUGGAGGUCAAAUGAUGGCUCUAGUGGAGGACUGUCCAAAUGUCAUGAACAUGUUCCAAACAAACCACAUAUUCUCCUGCAAGGUGAUUGGUGGAAACUGGCUCUUCUUUGAACAGUCCAACUACAAAGGCAGGAUGUAUCUCAUAAGGCCUGGAGAAUACACAAGAUUCACUGAAUGGGGAGGCUCGAAUGCCUGUGUGGGUUCCAUCAAACGAAUCAACGAAAACUAGAACUAACAUUCAUGCAGGCUGCUUAGAAGGUUUUUUAAAUUAUUUUUUUAUAUUUGUAAAUUUUUUAAAGUAAUAUACACUGUUGUAAACACACACUCACACAAAACAUAAAAUUAUUUGCUUUUAUUACUUACAUAUGACAUAGGUCAUAUUGAAUAACAACUUACAGUAUUCAGCCUUUCAGAGGCAUGCUUUACAGUAUGCGUCAAACCUCAGAAAUAAGUGUUUAUACAUUUUAAAUCUAUAAAGUUGCUUAUUUUUGACUGACAAUGUUUUGUGUAAUAUUUGACUAUAUUAUUCGCAAUGUAACUGUGUUUCUACUUACAGCAGACUAAUUAAAUACUACUGCUUAUAAAUGAGCACAAUGCUUUCUUUUUUAUUUCAUGUUAGUUUAUUGGUAUUCAGUUUGGUCAUUAUAUAUGAAGAAUC